UCUGUCGUCCGACGUAAGUAUAGAUAUAGUUGAGUUCAAUCAAUACAAUCGUACACUAUCACGCCUCAAUUGCCUUCUCUAGCAUUUCACUAUCUAUCAUUCUCAAGCAUCAACAUGGCUGGCGACGGAGAAGACCGGGCAUCGCUCAUUAACAGGCAGCUCCCAGAGAUGACACUGUCCACAGGAGACAAUCCUCUUACAAAGGCGCGGCCGCCGCCUCAGAACCUGAAGCCAGCAGAAAAAGCACAGUUCCGCUUCGAGGUCCACGGCAAUGCGAUCAUAACUGGCGGAGCCGGCACACUCGCCCUCGAAGCUGCCGAAGCCCUCCUCGAACACGGCGCAUCCGGUCUCGCGCUAUGGGACAUUAACCCCGACACGGCCCUCGAAAGCAUCAAGAAGCUACACGCACGCUUCCCCGACCGGCGCAUAAUGACCGAAGCCGUCGACGUGCGGGACGAAGCUCAAAUCGCAUCCGCAGUGGAGAGCGCCACGAAAGUCCUCGGCAGCGUAGACAUACUGUGCUGCUUCGCCGGCGUCGUGGGCUGCACACACGCCAUCGAAAUGGCCGCCGACGAGUGGCGCCGCACCCACGACAUCAACCUGACGGGCUCGUUCCUGUGUGCGCAGGCUGUUGCGCGCCAGAUGCGCGCCCAGGGCACCCCGGGCAGCAUCACCUUCACGGCGUCCAUCUCCGCGCACCACACCAACUUCCCCCAGCCGCAGGCUGCGUACAACAGCUCCAAGACGGCGCUGCUGUCGCUGGCGAAGAGCCUGGCAGCGGAGUGGAGCAGUUAUGGUAUCAGGGUCAAUACGCUGAGUCCGGGCUACAUGGACACGAUUCUGAAUGAUGGGCCGGGGCUGGAGCGCGCGAGGACGUCGUGGAAUUCGCGGAAUCCGAUGGGGCGCAUGGGGCAUCCGUGGGAGCUGACAGGGCCGCUGAUUACAUUGGUCAGUAACGCCGGGCGGUAUAUUAAUGGUACGGAUAUCAUUGUGGAUGGCGGGGCAAUGGCUUUCUAGUAGACGCUAGCGGUGAUGGUGAGUAGGCGUGGCAGGUACGUCGGCGACGGGCCGUUCCAGGAGUUAGCCUACGGUAGGAGCGCAUGAUGAGUAUAUACUGUGCAUGCUCUCAUGGUGCUAGAACAAGUGAAUUUCAUCUACCAAAGAGUUUCCAGACAUACAAAGCAUUGCGAAAGGGAUAGUUCUUGAG